CGGGUCCCGUGUUAGGGGCGGGUGACCAUUCCACCCAGAUUGGUGAUAUACAUCUCCAUUUCAUAUAUUUUUCCCAGGUCAGGCCAAUGACUGUACAGCAUAAUGAACAAUUACGACUGCGGCGUGCUGGUCACCAGAAAUCUCGCAAUGGAUGUUUAUCUUGCAAAGUUCGGCGAAUAAAGUGCGAUGAAACAAGACCUUCUUGUCGGAGAUGUAUUGAGUCUGGGAGACGAUGUGAAGGCCCUGUUGUAAAGCAAUUCCGCUUCAUUCAGGAUCGCCCAAAAGACCGAUCGGACACUUCCAUCAUACUGCCAGAAGUCUCGCUCGUAAUACCCGGUCAUAAUGAGUAUGAGCGUCGAGCGUUCAACUACUUUCUCGAUCGAGCUGCGCCCAUUUUCGCAGGCGCUUCGGAUACCGGCUUCUGGAAAGACCUGGUACCGCGGUUCGCUCGCAGCCAUGAGUUCGUCUGGAACAUGGUAGUUUGCAUCAGCUCAUUGCUUGAGCAUGUCCCUUAUGGCUCACUGACGACAGUCUUCGAUGCCGUCUCGGCUCCAGUAAUCACCAAUCACCAACAUCGCCAUGCGCUGCAGUUCUAUAACAAGGCUAUUACCCACGUGCGAGACCUCGCUGAAAGAGACGACAUGGAUGACUCUAUUGCUCUGCUGAGUUGUGUGCUAUUCGCCACUGUGGAAUUUCAACAGAGAAACAUUAAGACUGGGAGAGAUUUGGUCGAACGGGGCUGUCGAAUAUUGAUCCAAAUACUUUCACAGCAGCGGGCUUCACCAACAAGUCUCGCUAUCCAGCAGGUGGUCGGGCCUUUUGUCUUACGAAAAGCGGUCCUCAUGGCCACGCUCGGCACGGUCUUGCCAGCUGAAUGGAUUGCGAAUGUACAAUCAAGUUCGGCCCUACAGAUGGCGUUGUCAAGGCUACCAGCACUGAACGAAGCUAGAGUCCAGUUCCACAGUCUAGUAUACCAUUGCUACGAGGUCAUUCGAGUUGCUGAAUUGGUCCCGGAAGAUGAUCCCAACGACCCAGGACUUCAGAGAUUUGUGUUGACAAGAAGGGCUUUGUUGGAGAAGCUUUUGAAUUGGAAGACCAUCUUUCAACGAGAUUGGAGCCCAACGCCUGAUCCCGAAGCCGGAUGGAUGCACUCAUACAUUUCGAUGUAUUGGGCGGUCUGUUACGUCUCUUUGGCUACAUGCUCAAGCCGCCUGGAAGCGACUUACGACCAAUACAGGGAGCAUUUCCUCGACAUCGUUCACCACGCGGAAGUCUAUCUACAUUGCGCGGCGAAAUCUACCACAGACCAGCAGACUCUCAAGCUUGAUCCGGGUUGCGUCCCACCGCUGUAUUUCUGUUCCAUGAAGUGCCGAGACCCGGUGCUCAGGAGAAAAGCGCUCGAAUUGAUGCGUGUAGCUCCACAACCGACGAGCCGAUGGGCAUUCAUCACUCCAGACCGAGUUGCAGAGAGGGUUAUUCUGAAGGAGGAAGGUCGAGACAGGCUUUACACCUCUGUGGAGAUGGAAACUUCCGAAGUCGGGGUAUGGCCACCAGAACAUCGCCGCUACACACAUACCAGUGUAUUCAAUCGACAACUGUCAGGCGGUCGGGAACGUUUGGCAGUACAACUUAGCAGAUUUACUCCUAUUCCCAAUUCUCAAAGAACACAGUUAGUUCACGAUUACAUCUGGCUAGAUGAGCGUGAAGACGAUAUUGAUCUGCGAAAACAGAUCGGUGAAACAAUUGGAGGCCUUGGUCAUAUGACAGAGAUGAAUAGCAGCGACCUAUCUUAAUCCAACAGCUCAUGACGCUUGAGACAUGUUUGCCAUCGUCCUGGUCUGGAUGGUGAUGGUCAUAUUACUGACAUCGUAUGGGUUUUAGCACCAUUCACCAUAAUGCUAGUUUAUUGUCUGGGGAGGCUGUGUGUAAGACUCGGACGGGGAAGCACGCAAAAUGCUU